GCGAGGGGAAAGCAGACGGGGAAAGGUGUUGAAACCGAGGGACGGUACUGACCGACACACCGGCCAAUGUAAAGCGAGUCCAACUCGGGACAAGCAACGAAAGUGCCAACGCCAGGGGGUAAACAAGCCCAACCCCCUGGUGAAAGAAGAAGAGGUGGACCUUUGGGGACUGUUGUUCCAACACGAACCUGGACCGGUCCAGUGAUAUACCCGGGGACUGCAGUCGGAGUCGCUGCACAGUAGAAACGCUGUGAACCGAGGGAGGCAGAGUUCUUGCCCCCCCCUCCCCCCUUCCCAAGUCUCCUGUCGAGCCCCAGCCUCGCGGUCGCCAUGACGUCGGAGCUGGAGAGCAGUUUGACGUCCAUGGACUGGCUGCCACAGCUGACCAUGCGGGCGGCCAUCCAGAAGGCCGACGCCCAGAACGCCCACGGGCCGGGCGUGGCCAAGAAGGGCGCCCUGCUGGACCCCAACACCACGCUGGACCAGGACGAGGUGCAGCAGCACAAGGAUGGCAAGCCGCCCUACAGCUACGCCAGCCUCAUCACCUUCGCCAUCAACAGCUCUCCAAAGAAGAAAAUGACUCUGAGCGAGAUCUACCAGUGGAUCUGCGACAACUUUCCCUACUACAGAGAGGCAGGCAGCGGCUGGAAGAACUCAAUUCGGCACAAUCUGUCACUCAACAAGUGUUUUCUCAAAGUGCCUCGCUCUAAAGACGACCCAGGAAAGGGGUCCUACUGGGCAAUCGACACGAAUCCAAAGGAGGAUGCGCUUCCUGCAAGGCCAAAGAAGAGGCCGCGGUCUGGAGAGCGGGCCUCCACGCCGUACAGCUUGGACUCGGACUCCUUGACAAUGGACUGUAUUAUGUCUGGAAGUGCCUCUCCAACAUUGGCAAUCAACACUGUGACUAACAAGGUAGCAUUGUACAACACCGACCAGGACGGCAGUGACAGCCCGAGAAGCAGCCUUAACAACAGCCUGUCCGACCAGAGCCUGGCCUCGGUCAACCUGAACAGCGUGGGCAGCGUGCACAGCUAUACACCGGUCACCAGCCAUCCCGAGCCCGUGCCGCUGCAGCAGCAGCCCCCCCCACCGCAGUACAGCAUGCAGGAGCGGGACAAGCAGCUCCUCUUCUCCGACUUUGAAGAUCUCAGUGCCUCUUUCCGCAGCCUUUACAAGUCCGUCUUUGAGCAGUCCUUCAGCCAGCAGGGCCUGAUGACCAUGCCCUCGGAGCCCGCCCCGCCCACGCACACCUCCUGCUCCUACCAGCACUCCCCGAGCAGCACCGUCAGCACCCACCCCCACAGCGCCCAGAACAGCAUCACCAACAGCGGCCAGGUGCCCCUGUCCCACCCGCCCCAGCCCCACGGCCAGCACCUGCACCCCCCGCACCCCCCCCACGGACAACACCCCUCCCACGCCCCGCACGGGGGGCACGGGCCCCCCCACCCCUCCCAGCACCCGCCGCCCCACGGCCAGCACCCUUCCCAGCAUGCACCUCACUCCCAGCACCCUGGCCAGCAUGGCCAGCACCACUCCCAGCAGCAGCAGCAACAGCAUCAGAACCACCAGCAUCAGCCCCUGUCCCAUCAGCCGCAUCCCGCGUCCCAUCAGCCGCACCCCGCGUCCCAUCAGCCGCACCCCGCCCAGCAACAGAUGUCCUGCAACACCGGGCUUCCACCUGACUGGUACCCCAACCUCGAUGCACUGAAAGAGAGCUGUCGAAUCGCCAGCAGCUACAACUGGGCUGACGUGGACCUCUCGCCCUUUCAAGGGUUAAAGGAGAGCAUGAGACAAGCAGAUCUGAACAACUGGUCCCUGGACCCUGCGCAGAUCGCAGACCUCUGCUCGUCAAUCAACCAGUUCUUCACCCGCACCGGAGUCAUCCCGCCACAGGGGGCAGUGCAGCCCCCGGUGUGCCACGGCUCCAUGCACCCCAACAAGCCCAACCAGCACAUCAACACAGGAAAUCUCUACAUGGACUCCAGACAAAACAUGCCCCCCAUGAUGGGUCCGCCGGGAUACCCCCACAUGCCCCCCAUGAGCAGCGCCGGUCCCACUAUGACAGGACACCAUGCGCAGAUGAACCAGCAGCACAUGAUCUCUCCGGGGAACUUCCAGAUGCGUCGCAUGCCUGCCGACGACAUCCAGGAUGACUUUGACUGGGACUCGAUUGUGUAGGCCCCUCCCCCCGGCACCACGCAGCCAAUGGGGUGGAGCAUGGAGGAGAGGCGGGAGAGAGGGCCAGGCCGGGCUGACCACGCCCCCGGAGAGGGAGACAAUCUGGGACAGGAAAUUUCACAAGUACAACUUCCUGAUCCUGAUCUUUUUACACAAGUAAAAACAAACAGAAAGUUACUUUGAAGACAAUCAUAUUUAGGAGGACGAGUUUAAGCGAUUGCUUUUUGUACUUGCCGUCAGGCAAGUAAACCAAUGUUUUGUUUUUUUUUCGUCAAAACACGGACACCCCCUUACUCCUUACCCCCCUCCCCCAACCCCCUUUUUGGCAAAGCUCUCAGAGCUUCUUAUCUAUCGUGUGAUUUUGGUCGACUUGCUCAGCUCGUUAUCCUGCUCGUUGUUGACUGACGAAGGCCUCAGUUGCCGCUCGGACACUCAGUUUGUUGGUCUUACCUUUUUUCAUUUCCGUUCUUCCUUGUGAACGCAGGCUGCCUAUGGAGAGUGAGAAGGGUGUGAGGAACAGGAUGAUACUGGUCUGUCACUCGGGGCUCGGGGCACAGUCGGCUCUGUGGAAGUGUACAGUGUCGGACGAGAGUUUGGGGCGUCUGGGGAGUUGGGAGUAACUCGCCAAGGUUUGGCCCCUCUGGUCUAAGGCUUACCCAUGCAAUUACAGCGGAUGCCAGGUGUGCAGCUUAAGACCUGCAGUCACCUAUUGCAGAGGCCAUUAAAAAGACAUUUUGCAAAUGAGCUCUAAUAACAGAAUUACAUGCAGAGAGUCUCCCGCUGUGUGGGGUGCUGUGUGCAAGCUAUGCUUUUUUUCCCCUCACACUGCUAGCGCUUUUUACUGAAAGAAAGAUGCAUCGGGGAGUUGCCCCUCUGAAAUUUCUCCCCCAGUUGAAUGUUAUGUGUGUAUGUAAAUUUUAUUUUCACUACUUGUGAAAAUGGCUUACUCUCUGAAAUGCAGCUUCAGCUCCAGUCUCUUGGGAUUUGACUUUCAAAAAAAACAAAAAAAAACGAAGGGUCGUUAGGGUUCUGCACAUGACAUCACAGCGCCAGCCUCCGCUGUCUGUCCGUGGGCUUCGGAACGGUUUCCUGUCGAUGAUCUGAAUCUGAGCAGGAGGAGACGAUGAAGUGAGAUGCUUCUGUGGAGAGAGAAAACAGAACAAAGACAAUUCACUGUUGUGCCGUUGAUUGCGCAGACAGACGUGGGAAAGUAAGUGGCAUCAUUUUAGUGGUUCCCUGCCAUGAAGGAGACAUCUGUGGUUCACAGUAAGGACAGGCUUCUCUAUGUAUAUCAUAAUAAGACUCAUCGCGCAUCCACAACUCCUGUGGUUAUGUAGAUAUCAUUUUCUCACCAUUCGCUAAUUUAAUGUCAUUUUGUAAUGACAGCAAAUUCUGACAGUAGAUUCCCAACAAGAUUAUGAUAAAGGUGAUAAGAUAGGCCAGCAAGCUGGCUGGUUAAAGUUGCUGUGUGGUCACUAGUUAUUUUGCCAUUAUGGACUUUUUCCAUAGUGUGUUAGGCUACAGCGUCUGAGCGGUUAGGUUUGUUCUGGGCUGUGUUUGUAAAAGAAAUGUUACAGCGCAAGCAUGCUGUAUUCAGGAAGGAAAAGCGCAGAUUUGUCAUUCAGCACAGAUGCCAGAUAAGUCUGUGAGAUGGGUGCAGACUCCUAAUGGGCUCUGGGAAUGUGCCCUGGAGCGGGGUCAUACCCCCGGCACCCUGUUAACCUCGCGGUGCGGAGCGCGCGAUUAGAUUCAUUUAUUCUGCAUAAGGUUGCGUCUGCCUGACACUAAGCAUUGCGCUCCCUUACCUGACUCGCUGGUGAUGGAGACGCCGCUCACUCGAGGCUGACUGGGAGGGGCUCCAUCGCUGCGGCAUUCACACCACAUCAGCUG